AUGGCGACCCACAGUAAGAUUAUUGGGGUUUGUAGUGGGAGGAAGGGGAUCCAAACCCACCUAAACUCCGGGUGGGUUUCGGGUCCGUGCUUCACCAAACCGAGUCUGGACGGUGUCGUAUCUCAUCUCCCUCUCUCAGUCGCUCCCUCCUUUUUAUCAUCGCCAUUUUCUGCUCCUGCAUCUCUCUCUGUAAAAGUGUACUUUGCAAUGAGCGCCUGCAAAACCCUAGUCCGAACAUCUCUCUCUUGUUUAGAAUGGGGGUUUAAAAGCAGCAAUCGACGAACAGUCUCUUCACUCUCUCUUCGACGCCUCCGCUCAAUCUCUGCUUCUAAUUCAUCUAAUGUCUGCUUGUCAUCUCUCCUCUUUCGCAAUCGAGGGUUUAGUGUCGAACCAUAUGGAGUCCCUUCAAGAACUUACUGUUGCAUCGAAGGGGCCAUAUCCUUGGAAGAAGCAACAGAUUGUGGGGACGAAACUGUCUCUCCAAUCCAAACCCUAGAUCCACCAGAAGACUUGUCGGAAGACACAGUCGAACAGUUGUUAUCGAACAGCGACGAUGUUUCGAGAUUCAUGAAAAUGGAACGAAGGACUGAGGUUCACAAUGGAGGUCAAUUUGCUCAACCCAACCGUUGGUUUCCGUAUCUUGAUAAGUUCAAAGCUGGAACUACUUUUUUGGAUAGUGGUGAAGUGUUGCAAGCGAUGGAUCCGUAUAUAAUGGAGGUGAGGAAGGAGAGGUUCAGGAAUGUGGUGAAGAAUAGGAGCUAUUCGGUCUGCUUGGUAGUUGAAGGCUUGUGUGAUUUUGGGAAUGUUUCUGCUGCGUUUCGGUCAGCGGAUGCGCUAGGGUUUCAGUCGGUUCAUGUGGUCUCAUGCGACAGCUCAAAAAGAUACAGAGACAAUCGUCAUGUUAGCAUGGGAGCUGAGAAAUGGUUGGAUGUCGAAGUUUGGGACUCCACUCAAGAGUGCUUCAAAGCUUUGAAAUCACGUGGUUAUCGCAUUGCCACAACACACGUGGGAAUGGAUGCGGUUUCCAUUUACGACAUGGACUGGACGUGCCCAACUGCAAUAGUUGUUGGAAAUGAAAAUCAGGGUAUAAGUGAUGAGGCCCUGGAGUUAUCAGAUUUGCGCUGUAGUAUUCCAAUGAAAGGCAUGGUGGAUUCCUUCAAUGUUUCAGUUGCUGCUGCCAUCCUCAUGCACCACGCUGUUUGUGACAGAAAUUCCCGCUUGGGUUGCCACGGUGACCUAACAUUGGAGGAGAGCAAAAUCCUACUUGCAGAAUUCUCUCUGCGACACAGCAAGAGUGCAAUUAGCAUCGCCAAUGAGUUUGCAAAGCGGAAGACAGCGAGGCCCAUACCAGAGCUUUGAAAUCAUCCUUUUAAUGUCCAGGGUUUCCUGUUCCAUGAUAUGUAGAAUUUGCGACUUCUGGUAGUUUACAGGGGACUUUUGAAGUCUAAUGAAUGCGACAUGUUAAGACGAGAAGAUUCCUACACCAAAGUGUGUUAUGUAACCGUAUUGAAUCUGUACAAGUUAAUUUUACACCCAAGUGUCUUAUUUAUUGAAUCAGAUUAGCAUUGUAUUUGUGCAUUUAUCUAUAAAUGCAUAUUGACAGCUUAUUUUACAGUGCACAAAAAAUGCUUUUCUUUUUCUCCCGGAAUGUAACUUGUUUUGUUGCAAGAUGUCAAAGCACUGUAACAUUAGGAAAGAGCUUAGAAGUUAAUUGGAAUAUAAUAUUGGUUUUUUUUGAGAA